AUGAAGGUCCUUGCAGGUCUACUUAUUGCGAAUGCCAUAGGCUUCUCUCUAGGAACUGAUGUGUCCCUUCAUGAACGUUCGUGUACCUACACAGAAUACAGCACGAGCUGCAACACUGCCGGUACUGAUGGAAAUCGAGUCAUCAGCGAGGCUCAGUUCAACUAUAUGGUUGUGGAGUUGGUGUCUACAAAUGACGGCUCAGACACCACAGGUAUCUGCUUCACUGCAACGAAUAUGAGUUGCGGCGAUGAUGACCAAUACACAUGCACUACGCGAUCUCUUAUGCAGUCAGAAAUCAGCACAGCCCUAGGAGCAUGUGCGGUGGAUCACAUUCGCACAGCGUUUACCAAUUUGUAUUCCGAGUGCGGCGGCGCAGGAGGUAUUCGAAGCGUCGAAAUAGGCGGCGAGGGGGGCAACGUGGUGGAUUAUACUCUAUACGCCUUAAGCGAGUCAGUUGAUGCUUGCCCCAGCGACUACCUUCGAGCUUCGGUCGCAUGUGAUGGCCAAUGUGUCAAUAAUGAUUCGACCAUCUAG